AUGGAAGAUGCUGCUAAGGAGACAGAUAGAGUAAUUCGUCGUGUUAGUAGCAGGAGUCGGCGCAUAGCCAUACGUGCACGACGGAAAACUGAAGGUUCAACAUCAGACAGUGACCAUGAUGAAGAUUCACCAAAACUUGGUCGGAAAGGUGAACAUAAGAUGCCCAGUGUCAAAACUUCACAGCAGAAACUUGCCAUUUAUGGUCCACGUAUUGAUAUCAAUCCACAGGAUAAUUUUAAAAUAAUUACAACAAUUUUGGGGAUCUGCCAGUUGAACAUAUCAUUCUUUCAUAUCUGGUUGGCUGCUUCAAUCUAUAAUCUGCAGAAAAGUUUCUCAAUGUUAGCUCAAACAGUACGUGAACUUCCCCAGCCACAAAGGAAAUUAGAUUUUUUAUCAAAAGCUGUGGAAAAUAACACUGAAGGAGGCAAGGAGAUCUCAUUAAAUCCUUCAAAUCAGUUUGCCCGAAGUAGCAAACAAACCAGUGAAGGAGGUUGUAAGCAGCUUCCUAAAACACAUUGCUCUGCAGACGACUUAAAUACUGGUGAUUCCGAAGAUCCUGAUUAUGUUUCUGAUCAUUCAAUGUACAGUCGGCCACAUAAAUCAGUAACAGAGCUAGAUAUUUCCAUGGAUGAAUCCUUAGCAGAAUCCAGUGGUCAUGAGAGUGGUUAUCUGUCUAGCGUAGAUUUGUCAUCGUUUUUGAAUCGUGGCUCAUCGUCGACCGCAUCACCGGCUGUAUCUCCACAGUCAAUAACACUUGCUUACCAUUGUGGACGUCCGACAGAAUCCUUUCACUUACGACCUCUCAAGCACGGUGCUGUUGCAGAAAUUAUUGCUAAAAUACCAACACCGGCAAUUACACUACCAAAGCAACCGUCUGUGAAAGGGAGUACUAUCACAGAAACAGCAAGUGCUACAGGCAGUUCCGUUGAAGAACUGCUGAAAAGCUCUGUUAUUGAAACAAAAUAUGUUACCGCUAUAUUUGAAAUGACUGUUGGGGGUAUAGAUGAACUGCUAGGUGAUGUUCUGAAUGAGAUGAAAAUGUGGUUUGACGGUAGUCUGGGUUUGAUGUGUGUCGCCUGCGAAGUUCAGUGGUCAGUGCCUGAAAAGUAUCGUAAUCAUUCUCUUGAGAUGAGAAUGAAAAGUGCUCUUCACGCGUCUUUACGAGAUAAUAAUCUGCGAGUUCUGAAUCUGAAAAAUAACACAGGCUUAUAUAUGCCGCUAACAUUGGCUGCCGCAGUUACGCAAGAAAACUGUGGUCGAGAUCAGAAGUUGAAGUCAUUUAAAGGAAUCUAUCGUCGCUUCUAUGAAUCACUAUUACCAUAUCAGCACAAAGAGACCAGUGAAUGGCAUAAAGAUUACUGGAGCUUAGAAGAUUCGGUGAAAUUACGGAGUAUACCAACUCCGAGACCUGAACAGUUUGUUUUUGGCAGAAAUCCUACAAAACUGGAUUGUGGUAGUUUAAUUGCGCUAAAUGUUAUUGCUUUAAAAAUUGUAGAAUAA